AUCACGCGUUAUCGCAAACGUCGAAUAAUACGAACGGUGAACCUGCUAACGGGCCAAAGUGAGAGUCCUGCUGAGGCUUUGGCUGACGCAUCGCUUCCACCGGAUGCCAAAUAUUUUCCGCCCAGCACUCACUGGCAUCCAAACUUGACGAUCAACUUGGUGGACGAUCACACCAACUGGGUCCCAGGGUCAGUGCCAGCACCCAUCAACGAGUACAUCCGUUUUCACCCACUGACGAAUCAGUACUAUCCGGUAGUGUACUUCAACGACUACUGGAACCUAAAUGAGGAGUACAUGCCCGUAAACGCUACCACACCAGAGCUUACUUUGCGGCUUACCUUCGCCCCACUCUCCCUUUUCAAGUGGCAGAUGUAUUUGUCUCAGAGCAUGCGGAAGAGUUGGUACAGCAACAUCCUCGGCGAGACUGAGGACGAGAAGCUGAAUGAUGACGACGAACAGGAUACAUUCAAGAAAACCCUCCUGGACACGAACCCUUACCUGCUUGCUGUCACGGUGAUCGUGUCUAUCGUGCAUUCCGUCUUCGAACUCCUGGCCUUCAAAAACGGUAUUUUACUCUCAUCUCCUUUUAAGAAUUGCAUUAACACCAUCCUGAUAACGCAGAACUUGCCAGUAGCGUAA